AUGUGGGCCAACGGCAGCUCUGAGGAGUCCGCUGUCGAGACCGUGAAACGUCUGCUGAAGAAUCUCAUUUGGAGCAUGAUGAGCUACAGAGGCGCUCUGGCCUCUGAGCUUUACGAGGUGCCUCGGGGACAGACCGUGACUGCUUAUUAUUAUGUCAACGAGGUGCUGGAGAAGACUGAUGCCACAAAGAUGCUGAGGGAAAAGCGUUUGGAGGUGGCCAAGGAUGUCCGACAGCGCAGCCAGUGCCAGCUUGAAACGCGCAAGAAGAGGAGACAAGCAGGGUCAGAGAGCAAGGCACAGACGACCAGUCACGACCUACAGCUAAAUCCAGUCAUCCCGCCGCUCGACUCGGACAAGAACAGCAAGGACCCACUCUACAUCGGCCUGCCCAACUUUGGGAACAUCUGCUAUCAAAACGCCACCCUGCAAUCCCUGCUGGGUCUCCAACCGUUCCAGAGUGAGAUGGUGUCCCUGAUCUCGGGCCCGGUCGAAAGCGGCCAGUGCCGCACGCUGUGUGGCGUUGCCAAACUGAUGGAUCUUCGCCAGAAGGCGCUCAGCAAAUUAGUCUUCAGCCACCUGAAUGACCUGCGCGAUGUUUUCGCCGACAUCGAUCCGGCGUUUCGAGGCACCGAGAUGCAGGACGCCAACGAGUUCCUGUUGCGCCUGCUGGACACAAUGAAAGACGAAGUUGACGCUCGACGAUCGACAGACAACCCGGUCCGCGACAACUUCCAUUACCAGACCCUCGAGAGUUACAGGUGCACAAAGUGUCAUGAGACAGUUCUGAAGCGCCAAGAGAACAUCAGCUGGUUUGUGAGCGUACCGCACCACCAGGGCACCGAGGCGCCCACGCUGCAGGACGCGCUGCGGCUGAGCAUGCGACCCGACCGGCGCCACCUGCUCUGUCAGCACUGCCGCCACGAUGAGUGUUACGUCACCACCAAGAUAAGUCAGCCUCCCAGGACACUGAUCCUCCAACUGAACCGGUGUGUCUUUCUGGGGGAUGAGGCGAAGAAGAUCCGGACCAAAGUGAGCAUCCCCAAGUUCCUCUCGCUGAACGAGUUUGUCGCGGACGACGUCACCCGGCCUCCCGAGUGGAACUGCACAAAUCCUUCCCUGUGUACUAGGGAGUCGGAGGUUCCCUCAGGCCCACCGGCCGCCACCGCCGCCCCAACAGCGCCCACCACUGCAGGCUCUCCAGUGUCGGCCGGAGCCACGGCGCCGGCUCGUCCUUCGCCAUCGGCGACUGCUGCUGCUGAGUCGCCGCCAUUGCCGCCACCCGAGCUGCAGGUGUUGGACGCCGCCAACUCAAACUCGAAGCCGGGGCGGACCCGUGAGGACAAGGGUCGCGAGCUCCAUGUUAUCAGGAGGUCACAGGAGAGAGAGCCGGCCGGCGCCGUGGAACAGGUGCACCUUUCCGAGUUUUGCGUCCAGGAAGAUCAGUCGCUCCGUCCCGUCGACCUGGUCGGCGACUUUACGUAUCGGCUGGUGGGAGUCGUCAGCCACUACGGUGGCGCCACGCACUCAGGACACUAUGUGUCUGACGUGUACAGUGUAGGACGGGACAUGUGGUUCCAUUACGACGACCAGCGAGUCAGCUGCGUGGGCGAGGGGUACGUCCUGAAUGAAGGUCACCAACGGGACGGUUAUACCUUCUUUUACCUCCACAAGGAGCUCUGCAGCCAGAUAGUCAGGAUGGAGGGUGGGGGACUGUAA